CAUGGGUGCAGUACGAAUUCAGUUAUCAAGUGUGAGACCCAUGAGCAUGAUGCAUAAGCUCAACCUCAUCGUGUUCUUUUUGCUCUUGUGGCAAUUCGCCAAUUCCAUGUCUACGUUCAACAGUACGACUAAGUUGGAUGACCCGCAGAUUGGUGUAGUCAAAUCUGCUGAGCGAGCUACAAACUUUCCCAUACAAAUUGGCAAUAAAUUUUAUCACUUGGAGACAGAAGGGAAAUUAAAUUGGUUUGAAGCUGCUAACAAAUGUCGUGAGCUAGGAGGCUACUUGGUGAAUAUUGAGAGCAGUGAGGAAAUGGACGUACUCGUAUCCCUUUUACCAGACAAGGACAUUUGGUGUUGGACAUCAGCUCAUUGCCUGGCUGGGAAUAGGAAGUUUAUAUCGGCAACUACUGGGGAGCCCAUGCCUUAUAUGAGAUGGCAUGCAGGAGAGCCAAACAACAGCGCAGAGAGAGAAUUUUGUGUGGAGAUCAAGGCAAAAGUAAUUGCUUUGAACGAUGCAUAUUGCAAGGCCAAAAGAAACUACAUAUGCCAAGCCAAAACUGUAUAAGAGCAUACCAUAAAUAAAAGUAA